GUCUCCUGGCCAACCCUCAGAAUCUCGACUUGACCACCAUGCUUGCGGGCCCACCCAUCGAGAGCCCCUUCGCCAAGGCAAUGCAGCGUGCCUCACACGUCCUGGUCAUCCCCAAUGACACCGUGAGCAUUUACACACGGCUGUGGUGCGUCUACGAAAUCUACCUGGCGACGCAAUGGAAGAA